GCGGUGCGUGCCUCUUGCUGUCCAACAAACGCUUCCCGGUCCUGUGCAACCCCUCCAACGACCUUAUCAAUCGGUUCCCCCCUUCUCUCCUCCCCUCGGAACCUGUUCGCCCCAGUAGUCAUCAGGCUGACUCCCUCUGUCACCAAAAGGAAUCGAAGAGCGGAAAGCGGUAAAAGGACAGGUAUCAUCUCCACAAUGAGCCUAAAAAUGUCUCACACGACACGGCUUCGCCUCGUUGCCUUGCUCUGCCUCGUCGUCGUGGCCUGCUUCUGCAUUCCGGGCGCCCACGCCUUUGGUGCCGGCAAUGUGCCCUCGUUUUCGUACAUGGAGGGCAAGGCAUUCAGGCACGGCGACAUCGAGGACAUUCUCGCUGAAAUGGCCAAAAAGAUGGGUGGGGGUCUCCUGGGACGCAACUCCAAGUUUGGCGGCCUCGACGUCAAGCGUGUCUACUUUGGCAACUUUUUGCGCGACUACAGCCAGGCGAUGGACAUUGCUGCGCUCGAGAAGCUGUCCAAGCAGACGAUUCUCAACAUCGUCAUGGUCCUCGCCUUUCUUUCCAUGGGCUAUGCCACGCAGGAAUUCGAGGUCACCUCGGAACGGCUCGGCGUCUAUCUGCCCACGGAGCACAUCGACAACCCAAAGGGCUACGGCGAGGGCAAGAACGCAAAGCAGUUUGACGAGCGCCUCCGCGGGCCCGUCGAUCCGAGGGAGCUCGAGGUGGACCCCAGGUCAGGCAUGAAGAACUACAUUGCAAACGAGCAGGGGUCUUGGGACACGAGCAGCGCGCUCGUCCGGCGCACCCUCAUCAAGUGUAUCCAGAUGGGACGGCAGGCGCGGCACUCUGGCGACGAAAAGACCCUCUUUGAGGCCUACAGGCUCCUCGGCCAGUCGCUCCACACCCUCGAAGACUUUACCGCGCACUCCAACUGGUGCGAACUGGCCCUCAACAGGCUCGGCCACCGCCAAGUCUUUCUCCACGUCGGCGACAAUGUCAAGGUGAGGGCGCCUGACGGCAACAUGGUCGCCCCCCUCGUCACUGGCACCUUUGGCUCGGCCGACUUUAUGCACUCGCUCCUGGGAGAAGCCCAGGACCACCUCUCCGAAGCCUCGGUCUCGGACCUGUCCAAGGCCGUGAACCAGGCCAAGGCGAGCGGCUCCAACCCCCUGGGCGACCUCAUGGGCAUGCUCGGUAGCGUUCCCGGCGGCACCUCGUCGUCCGUCUCGCGCGACGCCGAGCAGCUCAGCAGGGGCCCCAGCCAGGACCCAAACACCAUGUCGCCCCAGGAAGUGUACCAGAACCUAUUUCGCAUCCUCAGCUUCCGUGACUCGGUCAUGAUGAGCAUCGAAAAGACUAUCGAGAGAAUCCCUGGGCUGAGCUCGCUGGUGGAGAAGAUCUCAAACACAAUGUCCGUCUUUGUCUUUACCCUCAUUGAGCCCUACGUACAGCCGAUUGUCAGGCAAGCCCUCAGCGGCCUGCACCAGACAUCGGGCACCGUCAUCAACCAGGAGGACCAAUUCGAGGUCUUCAAUGACCCAAAUGCCUCUGACCCGACGCACUCGAUGCUGAGCAAGGAUCACUUCAACCUCGUCCUCAACGAGGUAGCCGGUCGUGUGGCCCUCAUCAUUGUCAAGCACGCCGUCACGCUCGUCGUCAAGGCGUGGGACGAUGACCGACAGGACGCCAACCAUGUGGCCGACGAGUGCCUCGCGCCCAUGUUCCACCCCUACUGGUACGACCAGCGGCACGGCCACCCCGUCCAGGGCCAGAUGAUGGGUCUCGUCGAGGCAUGGGCGCGCGAGAACCCACGAGAGAUCAUCAAGCUGGACCGCGAGCACGUCAGGACGCACACCAACACCCGGUCUGGCAAGGCUGAGCCGCACAGCCACGGCAACAGCAGCACCAACUACGGCGGUGUCCAGAUCGAGGGCCAGCAGGGAUCGGCGAUGGGCCACAACAUGGCCAAUUCGGUCCAGAACUACGUCGGAGGCAAGAUUGGCGGCGCGCUCGGCAUGGGUGGUGGCGGCGGUGGAGGAGGAGGAGCAGGCCAUGGCUUUAUGGGCCAGGCCCAGCACCUGUUCCGCGAGGCACCCGACGGGACGAUGCGAGAGUACAGCGAGGUGCAGUCCAGCGGCCCCUCUGGUGAUGGCCACUCUACUUCGUACUACCAGUCGAGCAGCUCCACCACCACCACUUCUUCAGCAUACCCUGGUGGCGGCGGCAGCAGCGGCAGCCACCAUCAGCCCGGUCAGCACAGCCAGCACGAUCAGCAUGGCCAGCACGGCCAGCACGGUGGUUCCCAGCAUGGUGGUUCCCAGCACGGAUCUGGCCAGUAUGGAGGUGGAAUGCCAAACGAGCAGCACUACCUCCCUCCACCCGGCCCACCUGCCGGCUACGGCGCCCCACAACAGCCUCCAUAUGGCGGACCCGGAGGAAUGCCCGCACCCGACCACAACUUCGGAGGAGGGCCUAGCACCGGGUACCCCGAGGGCGGCCAAAACUACGGAAACUACGGUGGCGGUGGCCCAGGCUACCAGGGACCGCCGUACGGCGGUCCGCCUCCCCCGCCCCCGCAGUCAGGCUACUACGGCGGAGGACAACAGCAGGGUGGCUACGGUGGCUACCAGCAGGGUGGAGGGGGUGGCUACGGAGGCGGCUACUGAGCCAUGAAUAUGAUUCAUGUUCCCCUCUUUGAGCUAAGUGCAAAGUUGAACCACGGAGAAUGCAAUUUUGUUUUCCAAUGUGCGGUGUGCUGAGCGGCUGGUGGAAGGUAUGCCAAAGCCAAAGAAUGAAAAUAUGAGAAGAAAUAUUGAGAGUGCCUACAGAUUGACGCCAUCGUAGACGGUCUCGAGGAGCUGGACGACGGCGUCGUGGAUGGCCGGUUUGCCGGCGGUGACGUGCGAGGCGAUGCUGUCGAUGUCCUUUCGCGGCACGCCCGCCGACUGGAG